AUGACUGACAGAAUAUACAAUCAAAACAAAGAAUGGGACUAUCAUCCUAGCAGAUGGACAUACGGACAAGGGCGAACAAUUUUUUAUCCAGCUGCUGGCGGUUCAGACGAUUGGGCUCACAAAAACGGCAUCAACAUUUCCUACACUCUCGAAUUGCGUGACAAGGGCCGAUUCGGAUUCGUAGUACCGGACACCUACCUCGAGCGAACAAUGAAAGAAACAGCAGCGGGUGUCUCUGCCGUCUACGAUCACGUGACGCGUCAUGACGCAGUGAACGCAGCAGCUCAAGCCAGCGCCGGAAGUUCGGGAGGAGCUAAGGCCCCUGUUCCGACUUUCUCUAAGCCGUCGUUUGUCGCCCCGCCGACGAGAUGCGGCGAUCCGGCUGAAGUCUACGGCUUCAAGAAUUCAAAGUCGUCAGUUAAGUACACACCUACCUUUUCCUGCAACGAUAGCGGGCGAUGCGAAUAUACGUGUCCAGCGGGAUCAAGGAAGGGAAACCUCGCCGCUGUUACCUGUAGACCAAAUAAACAGUUCAAGCCGAACCCCAAAGCGCCCAUGGCUAAGCCGGAGAAGUUCUGUUCAUACGCUUUGAGCGUCGACAAUGAUACCGAUUUCGAGAAAUACUGCUCAAAGUACGGGCCAUAUUCGAACAUAUCCUCCGCAUGGACAAACAGUAACUUGACGAAAAACUGCAAGCUGCUCCCCCGAGGAACCAAGAUCGUCUGCAACUUCUCGUGCAGGGGACAGAGAAGUCUCGGAAACGCAAAGACAUUUGUAAAGAUGACGAAGAAUGGCGUCUCAGCUGGGCCGAAGAAGAUAGUGGAACCUAUUUGCUCGCUGGCGAAGUCUUGUAAUUGA